AUGGCAGCCUUCUCCCAGAAAUCAAUAAUGGGUACAAUAUUUGAGACAACCGAACGUUAUACAGAAUGGAAGCCUCUUGGGCUUGGAGUAUCUGGGCUUGUCUGCUCUGCAAGGGAUCAACUUUCUCAUCGCACUGUUGCCGUGAAGAAACUUGCGGAACCUUUCAAGACACCGGCUAUUGCAAGACACAUGUUUCGAGAAAUGAAAUUACUGAGACAGUUGCGCCAUGAAAACAUCAUCAACCUGACCGACAUAUUCAUUUCUCCCUCGGAAGACAUAUACCUCGUGACCGAGCUUAUGGCAACGGAUCUAAAUGCAAUUUUGAAGGCAAAAACAGUUGACGAUCAAUUCGCCCAAUACUUCAUGUAUCAAAUUAUGCGUGGCCUAAAAUAUCUCCACUCAGCCGGGGUGAUCCACCGAGAUCUAAAGCCAAGCAACAUUCUGGUCAAUGAGAACUGCGACCUGAAAAUAUGCGACUUUGGUCUCGCCCGCAUCCAAGAACCACAUAUGACCGGCUAUGUGUCGACGAGGUACUACCGAGCCCCGGAGAUCAUGCUCACAUGGCGAAAAUACGACGAGAAAGUCGAUAUAUGGAGUGCCGGGUGCAUCUUUGCUGAAUUACUUCUGGGCGAGCCUUUGUUCCCCGGAACAAAUCAUAUCAACCAGUUUUGUGUUAUCACCGAUCUACUUGGGAACCCCCCUGAGGAAGUAGUCAACAAUAUCACAAGUGAAAAUACAUUAAACUUUAUCAAUUCACUCCCAAGGCGAGACCGCAAGCCAAUAUCACAGCUCAUCCCCAAGGCCAACGCAGAUGCGGCGGCAUUGAUCGACAAAAUGCUUGAAUUCGACCCCAAAGUACGAAUUUCUGCAACAGAAGCUCUUGAAUCCCCAUAUCUCGCACCAUACCAUGAUCCGAACGACGAACCAGUCGCAGCGGAAAAAUUCGACUGGACUUUCCUCGAAGCAAACCUUCCAGCCGAUAUCUGGAAGACCAUCAUGUACAGCGAGGUACUGGCAUUCCACGCCGAAAUAGACCAAUCCAGUCAGAGCGGACCGAUGAAACCCAUACGCCAGGUGGAUGGAAUGGACAUCGGCUGA